GAUAAAUUGGCGGUAGAGCCAAGUAUAGUAACUGAAUUCAUCCAAGGUUUGUUGGAAGAGCUACUCUCAUCUGGUCAACUUCUGGAACCUAUAAAGUUUUCUCCUCCCAGAACCCUAAUUCUCGUUUCAAUAAGCAUCAAAAAACUUGCCAAUUCAUUCUGCCAAGUGAAUGUUGCAAGGGGAAAAAUGAUCAUAGCAAAGCAGACAGAAAUAACAGCUUGGUGUUUAUUCUCCGAAAGAUUCGAAGAUAAGGUCGUGGAGCUUAGGUCCAAAGAUAAGAAACUUGUGGAUAAGACUGCAAGAUCACAAAUUUAUGCUGAAAUGAAGCCAUACCUUACGGGCAUUUCGGAUGGAUAUUUAUGUAUAAUGACCUGCAAAGCAAGAAAAAUCAAUAAGUUAUUUGGGUAUGAAUAUGAUCCCGUAACUUUAAAAAAGAUAAAAGGUAUAGGCGGACAUAUAAUUCAGCGGGUCACGUGUAGUGCUGACAAAAUUUCAAAGCUUACUAAUCCUCAAAUCGAACACAUCAUAGAACAGGUCAAUUUGAAAAUGAUCGCUAAUCAUGUGAAUGAAAUCUCCUUGACCGUGGUGGUCAUUUCAGCUCAUGAUUCUAACUUCGAUUCUGAAGAGAUGAUUUCAGAUGAUUAG